GUCGCACGUCGUGUGGGAGCCCUCGGUCAAGGAGAUUACCGACGCCGACGGCUUCGUGUUGGUGGGGCGUGAUGGUUUUUGUGACGACAUGAGGAGCUUCCUCUAUCUCUUCUCAAACGCUCGACCCACGGCCAUGAUUCUCUACGUCUUCGGCGAUGCGAAGGGAGGCGCCAAGUUCGAAGCUCGCACGGUGCAAGACUACCUCGAGAUGGCGAGCGACCCGGCCAAGCGCCAUGGCGAGCUGAUGCACCAAAUGGUGAUUGGCGAGUCCCGCCGAGGGACGCUUCACAACGCGGUUGCGAUGGCUCCGGAGAUCAAGAGGUACCAGUUCUUCACGGAGCCCAACCUCCAAUACCGCCCAACGCAAGACAGCGUCGGCAAGCGUCGCUCCGCUUCGACCUCAUCUAUCGUCCAGAGGAGGGUCAUCGGCGAGCCCAUCAAGACGACCAGGGAAUUCAAGAAGACGAUGAGGAUCCUAUGGUCGCAUCCGAUCGCCGACACGCCCCCCCCGUCACCGAUCUUGGCUGUUGCGGGACCAUCCACCCUGCCUGCCGCCCUUCCCAAGCCUGCAGCCGCUCUCUCGUUGUCGUCAUUCUCGCCCGCCGCUGGCCCUCCUCCUCCUCCUCCUCCUCCUCAUCAUCAUCGCCUGCCGCCGUCGCCGUCGCCUCCUCGUUUCUGGCUGCCGCCAUCUUCUCGCACGCUCGGCCCACGGCCAUGAUCCUUUACAUCUUCGGCGAUGCCAAGGCGGGGCGCCAUGUUUGAGGCUCGCACGGUGCAAGAGUACUUGGAGAUGGCAAGCGACCCGGCGAGGCGCAAAGGCGAGCUGAUGCACCAGAUGGUCAUCGGCGAGUCCCGCCGCCAAGUGCACCAUCUUGGCUACGCCAUGGCCCCGGAGACCCACAGGCACCAGUUCAUGGCGACCGAGGGUCAGACGUACGACCUGUCUGAGCAUACGCUUGGUAAGCGCCGCCCUGCCGUGGGUUCGUCCUUCGUUUCGAGGACAGUGCUUGGAGAGCCCAUCCUCUCCACAACACAAUUGCUCAAGACCAUGAGGAUUAUGUUGUCGCACCCUCUCUCGGAUUCGCCCCCGUCCUCGCCGAUCCUGGAGGUGGCGCCCCCGU